AUGAUGAUAAGUGUAAGGAAAACGGUGAACGUGCCCACGAGCAACCAUGCCCAAGGCAAUGCGCAGCGCAAGAAACCCAAGAAGAAGGCCGAACCUUCAGCAACUUCUUCUGUUAGCCACGAGAGUCGCGGCGGAGAUGGGGAGAGGAUAGACCAACGUAUUCCUGCUUCUAUUCAAGCGAUGCUUUCGCGUUCCAAGUGUUCCUUGUCCGAGUCAGAAAUAAAAGCUAUGGUGAACUCAACAGCUGAAGAUCGCUGUACCGCACUGCGAAUGGUGUUUGAGGGUCAAUCAGCCGAUGAGGCGAUAGCGUUUCUCCUUGGGGCGUACAACGGGAAGGACUCACCAAAAAGGAGCAAGACAAAGUCAGCGUCAUCGCUCCUCCCUAUCAUUAUAACAGGGUUGGAUAAUAGUUCAGUGGAAGCUGCUAGGUCAAACGAGUGGGAUGCAGGCAGCACGGCGGUAUUCUGUGGCAGUAGCAACAGCAAAGAAUCACUUUCUUCCGCAGAAGUGGCACCGCCUCUUCUCUCGAUGCAACAAACCAUUUGGAAUUCGGCACUUUUGACCGAUUGCGAAAGCACUGCGGCCCACAGCCGCUCUGUUUCGCCCUCUAUUCGAAUGCCGUCACCAAAGUCCCAUGGGCAUCAAAUCGCCAAGCAACCACUCACCGAAGUGGCCGUCAACACAAUGAGCAACACACAUGUAACGAGCAAAGCCAUGGGUGACCACUACACGCAACUCAAUGCCACAGGCUCCCCCCUUACAAUGUCAGUGACCACCGUUCCAACGGUUACGGCGCAAGGACCAUCGAAGCAAUUCAACCAAUCCACUUGCUCCGCUUGGGAUGAACGUCUUCAAACUUAUAUUGUGCAUCCAAAUCAAUUGAGAUGCGUGGGAGAAUUAGAGAAAAUGAGAACAUCGCCGGAUGCAGUCCGCCGCGGCGGUGGUGCCGCUUUGAGGCGCCUAACGAGAGAAGGGCGAACGCACUCCCCAGUCGGCGGCAUAGCGGCUGCACGCCAAUGUGCACAGAAGCCAAUAAGCACCCGUAAUGGUGAACUGGUCGCACCGUUACAGAUGGGUCAUGAUGAACAACACAACCGUGGAUUUGGAAACGAUGAAAAACAACCCCAGCAAAGGCAAAGAGAAUCGAAGAAAACUGCAAAGGGCGUGUCGGAGUCGGGGCAUCAAGAGCAGCAGGCAAUUACCAGAGAUGCGGCCACUGCCGCACCAAAGAGCCCCUCCGGGAAGGAAAACGUCUUUGCACGCUUAUUUUCCGCCUCAAAAUAUCAGCCCCAGUCGUACGCGGCUACAGAGCGCAGUCGCGCGAGUACAUCCAAUAUUUGGGGUGGUUUGUCACCUCUUAACUCUCCGUGCAUGAGAUUGUGUGACUCAGUCCAUGAGGAGUCUGCGAGCGAGAGACACCCGGUGGAACGAGUCACUUCGGAAACGCGGUUUUCCCACUAUGGGAGUGCGUUGCGGCUGCAGCGUACGCAAAGUGCAAUAGACAGCAGGUACCGAACUCAACGGCAGCGUUAUUUCCAGAGUUUUUAUACACAAAUGCGCAAACCACGAAGUGAGCUGCACACCGGUCAGGUCGUCCGUCCGUCCAUAUAG